AUGACUAAAGGAAUUUUCAAUGAACAGAUGAAACCGUCUUCGUAUGUGAAAGAGAUCGCUUCAACUGCAUCAACAAGUGAUACGUUGCCAACAAUAGGGUUACCAGAUGGAGGCUGUCCGGUCGGAACAGUUCCUAUUAGACGAUACACAAAAGAAGAUCUUAUUAGACAUAAACUUUUGCCACCAUCGGAAGAUAACACAAUUGAUCGACAUACUAAUAGGGACAACUUCACUGAUACCAAAGAUAGAAGGAUUAAACCUUUGAAAGGGUACAAGCGGGCUAUCGUUACAACUGAAGAUAAUCCAAAUAACACGUUCGGAGGAGCUUCGAUGAUAGCUGCUAUAUACAAUCCUAGCAGCGUAGGUCAACAACAUAGUGCAUGUCGUUUGAAACUUAUUAAAGGAAAAAGUAUUAUACAAACGGGUUGGAGAGUUGACCCUACUUUAUAUGGCGAUAACAGGACUAGGAUAUUCAUACAUUUCGACGAUGGUACAAAUUCCUGUUUCGAUUUGUUAUGUCCGAGCUUUGUACUUAUAACCACACGACUGUCUUUUGGUCAACCAUUUCCUCACAUAUCGCAAAUUAAUGGGAAACAUUUUGACUGGGGAUUUCGCAUAAAUUGGGACGUAAAGAAGGGGAAUUGGUGGCUUUUCCUUGAAGAGACUCGUAACAAUUAUGUACCAAUUGGUUUUUGGCCUCGUGAGGUGUUUGAUGACUUUGACUAUUAUGCAACAAGAGUUGAAUGGGGCGGAGUCGUAUAUAGUCCACCAGGAAUACUUGAACCACCUAUGGGUUCAGGGCUUUAUGCUUUUAUAAGAAACGCUAAAGUUAUUGCAUAUUGCAGAAAUAUUACAGCUUUAAAUGAUAAGGGUGAAUAUAUAAAUUUAGGUGAGCUGCCAACAUUUACAACCAAUCCUAUGUUGUACAAUGCAAUAGAUGUUCCAGAUAAUGGGAUUCGUUAUAACCAUACUAUCUUUUAUGGCGGAGCUGGUGAGAUAUAA